AUGAAAAUGCGCAAACAUAUUGUAUCCUUAGAUGAGGAAAAACUUUUCGAAAAUGUAUCUAAGGACGAUUGUGGUAUUAUUAAAAAGUUCAACCUCGGAGUAUGCGCUAUGGAAAGCAAGGUGGAAAGUGCACCUAUGGAAUGCAUAUUAAAAAGGUUAGCAAAAAGUGGGGAUUUCAAUAUAAUAAAAUUUAAAGAAGAUAUGAUAUUGAAUAAUGAUAUAGACACAUGGCCUAUAGUAGACUGUUUAAUAGCAUUUUAUUCAACUGGUUUUCCUUUAAAAAAAGCAAUUGAGUAUGUAAAUAAAUACAAACCAAUAACAUUAAACAACUUAGAUAAGCAAUUAAUAUUAAGAUCUAGAUUACAAAUAUAUGAACAGUUAAAAAAAUGGGGUGUACCGCAUGCCAAUUAUGUAGUUGUUGAUCAUGAUACAGUGAAAAGAGGAGAUCAUGUUUUUGAAGAAUAUUAUGAUUAUAUUGUGUAUGAUAAUAUAAGAUUAAAUAAACCAUUUAUAGAAAAACCUAUAAAUGCAGAUAAUCAUAACAAUUGGAUUUAUUAUCCUAAGAACACAGGAGGAGGAUGUAAAAAGUUAUUUAGAAAAAUAAAAGAUAGGAGUAGUGAAUAUUGUCCAGAUAUACAUAAAGUAAGGAAUAAUGGAAUAUAUAUAUAUGAAGAAUUUCUUUCGACUUUUGGUACAGAUAUAAAAGUAUAUACUGUUGGUCAAAUGUUUGCUCAUGCAGAGGCUAGGAAAUCACCAGCAUUAGAUGGAAAAGUAUGUAGGACUUCUGAUGGUAAAGAAGUUAGAUAUGCUGUCAUUUUGUCCGAAGCGGAGAAGAUGAUUGCUUAUCGAAUAGUUGAAGCAUUUAAACAAACUGUAUGUGGGUUUGAUAUAUUGCGUACUACUAUGGGUCCUUUUGUAUGUGAUGUGAAUGGAUGGUCUUUUGUUAAAGGGAAUGUCAAAUACUACAAUGAUUGUGCACAUAUAUUAAGAGCAAUGUUUUUAGCUAAGUUAGAAGAAAAAUAUAACAUCAUUCCAAGAGACCUUGCUGAUAAUUGGUAUAAUAUAGAAAACGAAGAAGAAGUGUUAAGGAAAACAUUUACACAGCCAGAUGAUUUGCAUUGUUCUCAUCAUGAAGAGUUAUGCUCAGUAAUCAUUGUUAUGAGACACGGUGAUAGAAAACCAAAACAAAAAAUGAAAUUUAUUACGGACAAACCAUUAUUAUUAGAUUAUUUCAAUUGUGAAGAAAGUUUAUAUAACGUUAUUGAAAAUAAGUUUACUCAUGAUGACCAUUUGAAAAUUAACAAUGAUUUUAGUUGUAGUAGUAAUAAUAAUAAUAAUAAUAAUAAUAACAAUAGUAAUAGUAAUAGUAAUAGUUUAUGCUUGAAUUAUCUAAAACACAAUAGAAUAGAUUCCUCCAUGUUUCAGUAUGAUGCCCGUAGCAAAACGUACUCUUCUAAUUUGAAUCAUAACAUUUCCUUUAAUGCACAAAAAUAUGAAUCCCACAGUAACGUAUUUGUAGAAACUGCUAAUCCUGUCCACGAUAAACAAAACAUCCAUUUGUGGGAACACACUAGUAGCAACGCACAGCAGCAGGCAAACGGAGCUAACGACAGCAAGGUCGAAGCCACACAUGAAAAGGCGGUCAAAAGGUUUGACUAUGAGGUACCGUGCUCAACUACCAUGGCUAAUACUACCGCUGCUAACUGUGCCAUCGCUUCUACUUCUGUUACUUCAGCUGGUGUUAAUUGUGCCAUCGCUUCUACUUCUGUUACUUCAGCUGGUGUUAAUUGUGCCAUCGCUUCUACUUCUGUUACUUCAGCUGGUGCUAAUUGUGCUAUCGCUUCUACUUCUGUUACUUCCGCCGCUGCUAAUUGUGAUAUCGCUUCUACUUCUGUUACUUCCGCCGCUGCUAAUUGUGAUAUCGCUUCUACUUCUGUUACUUCAGCUGGUGCUAAUUGUGCUAUCGCUUCUAGCAUCACUAGCGCUACGCACGCAGACGAGCUUAGGAAGAAUUACCUGUACAAAGCGUACACGAAAAAGGAGAUAAAAUUCAAAUCCCCCGAAGAACUGCAGGAUCUCUUUCUAAGAAACAACAUCAUUCUGAAUGAUAUCAAGAAGGAGUACAAGGUUGUUAAGGAGCAGAUGUUGAAGGUACAGGGAAAAAGAGAAGAAAAUAGUAACAAGGAGGGACAGCACGAAUUGAGCAGUAGUAAAGAGGGGAAGCACAACCAAGGAAAAAUCGAAAAAACGGAUAAUUGUCCAAAUGAGGAAUGUUUAGAAGAACGGGAUAAUCACGAAAAGAAGAUACAUGAAAAGGAGUUAUCCAGAGAUGGACAUUCCAAUAUUUUGACGAUGACGUUAGAAGAGCUUGAAGUGAAACGGAGCGAAUAUGAAGUAAUGAUAGAGAACCACAAAACACUACAAAAAAUACUUGAACGAGGUGAUGGUUUUACAGGUAUAAACAGAAAAGUUCAAUUAAAACCAUUCGAUUUUGUUAUAGUGAAUGAUAAAAUAAUAGUAACAAACAUUCUGGUUGUAGCAAAAUGGGGAGGAGAAUUAACAAGGAUGGGUAGAAGACAAUCUGAAAAUUUAGGAAAGAGAUUUAGAGCUACGCUAUAUCCAGGUGAUUCUGAUGGGUUACUAAGAUUACAUUCAACAUUUAGACAUGAUUUUAAAAUAUUUACAUCAGAUGAAGGAAGAUGUCAAAUAACAUCGGCAGCAUUUACAAAAGGGUUUUUAGAUUUAGAUGGAGAAUUAACACCUAUUUUAGUAGCAAUGGUUAUUAGAAAUUCUAAAGCCCAUAGUUUAUUAGAUGAUAAUAGACCUAGUUUAGAAAGAACACAUUGCAAACUGUAUAUUGACAGUAUAAUGAAUGAAAAUAAAAAUAUAGAUGAUGAGUUAUUAAAGAAAUUAACAUGUGGUAAACAUUCAAGGGGAUUUAGAGAAUCAUUAAAAAAAAUUAGAAACUUUUUUGAAUUAAUGAGUAAAAUAAGAAAAACGAUUUAUGAUUUUUUAAAAAGUUUAAAUCAGGAAGUACAGAAAUGGCUUAAUCUUUUUCCUUACGAUGAAUAUGCAUUAUAUGUUAUAGACAUACUUCAUGAAAUACAAGUGAGAUGGAAAUCAUUAACUAAAAUGUGGUUUAAAAAAAAUAAAAAUAAAUAUGACACAUCUAAAAUACCUGAUAUAGUUGACAAUGUGAGAUUUGACUUAAUACACCAUCAUUCAUAUUUAGGUAGUGGGUUAGACAAAGCUUUUGAAAUAUACAAUCUUAUAGAACCGUUAACUAAUUUUAUAUCACAAGCUGAGUAUGGUAUUACUCCUGAAGAUAAGGUAAAAAUUGGUGUUAACAUUGUCGGGAAAUUGCUUAGAAAACUCAUACACGAUGUUACAUAUUACAGGGAUGAAGAGGAUAGGAAUAAGAAAAAUAGUAAGUCCAACAACUCGCUUAAAAAUUCCUUCCACAUCUCGCACAUGAACCCGUUCAGCUUUGUGAAGGGGAGGGAGAGGCAGGUAAAGGAAGUUGGGCAGGUGAAAAAAAUAGGACAGAUACAGGAAUUAGACCAGGGGAACUGUACGCAAAAUACUGCACAAAAUACUGCACAAAAUGCUGCACAAAAUACUGCUCAAACGUCGGAAGGGUCAGAGGAACAAAGAGGGACGCCUAAAUUUGUCAACACGUGUGAGUACAACUCAAGGCAAAAUUUUUUAGAUACUUUAGUAUUGAAAAAUAGCUACAUAAAGAGUGCUGAAGAGAGUAAAAAUGAGAGUGAAAACAAAGGCACAUGGAACAGAAAUAUUAAUAAUGAAGUGGAUAAUAUGAGUAGUAGUAGUAAUACUAAGGCGUUAAAUGAUGUAGUGAGGGAAGAGGGACCUAUCAUUAAAGGGGCAAGAAGUGGUUCUCCAAGUAAUGCAAGUAACAACGUCGUGGCAAGUGGAUCACCAAGCAAUGCAAACAACUACAUUCCGAUAAGUGACAAUAUAUCAACCCUUUAUUCGUUCAAUUUGGAGAGUAAUAAAUUUAAAAAAGACCAUUCUGAUAAUGUUAAACAAUAUGAAAGGCGUGAAUACAUGUCAAAAGAGGACAGUGGAAAUACUACAGGAGAGGGGAAAUACAGUAAUGAAAAAUGUAAUGCACAUGUAAGCACAUUAAUGGAAAUGGACUUAUCUGUGGGGAACAUUCCCCAUAAUUUAGAAAUACAGGAAGAAAGAAGCAAUCAACUACUAACAAAUUGUCUAUAUUAUGUCAACACGAGUUCUACUGCACUGAAAAAUAUAAAUGAUUCUACCCCCAAAAGUAAUAUACCAACACUAGAUUCUAGAAAUAACAAUGUCAUAGAAAUAGGAGCUCAUACAAAUGCAUAUAUGAGUUCCUGCAACAACUGCAGCAAUAGUGAAGGUAAAAUAAGCAAGUUAAUGGAUAAUCUGAACAAUGAUUACAAGAGUUUGCUGCAUCUUGCUGAUAUAAAUAUAAGCAGUAUGAACAAUGUAAGCAGCAUGAACAAUGUAAGCAGCAUGAACAAUGUAAGCAGCAUGAACAAUGUAAGCAGUAUGAACAGUGUAAGCGGCAUGAACAAUGUAAGCAGUAUGAACAAUGUAAGCAGUAUGAACAAUGUAAGCAGCAUGAACAAUGUAAGCAGUAUGAACAAUGUAAGCAGCAUGAACAAUGUAAGCAGCAUGAAUACUAUGGGCGGGGUGAACAGCUACAGCAAAAGUAGCAUCAUGUACAACACAAAUGUGAAAGAUAUAUAUACGCCAAAAUUAAUUAACAAAAAAGAGGCCCUUGUAAUAAACUCGUCUGACUUGUGGGCUCAUCAGAAUAAGUACAGAAAGGAAAAUAAUGAAAAACAAAAAAUGAAAAAAAUAAAAAGUGCCAAAGAAAUAGAUAUGAAUGAAAAAAAAGAAGACAACAACAAUAAUUAUAACAACAAUAAUUAUAACAACAAUAAUUAUAACAACAAUAAUUAUAACAACAAUAAUUAUAACAACAAUAAUUAUAACAACAAUAAUUAUAACAACAAUAAUUAUAACAACAGUAAUUAUAACAACAAUAAUUAUAACAACAGUAAUUAUAACAACAAUAAUUAUAACAACAGUAAUUAUAACAACAAUAAUUAUAACAAUAAUAAUUAUAACAAUAAUAAUUAUAACAAUAAUAAUUAUAACAAUAAUAAUUAUAACAACAAUAAUUAUAACAACAAUAAUUAUAACAACAAUGAUUAUAGAAAGAAUAAUAGUUAUAGUAAUAAUAAUAAUAUUACUUAUAAACACAAUGCACCUCAGCAGAAGCCGCAGAACAACUAUAGCGACAGUUUUUGUAUGAAUACUCAUAUGAACGAAUGUUAUGACGGGGUCAGGAAAAAAAAUGGGACUGAAGAGGAGCACGUGGGGGAGGGAGGAGGAAGUAUUAAAAGUGUGGAAAGUGGACAGAGCGGAAAGAGGGGGAAGUCUUGUUAUUCCAUGAAUACCGUUCAUGCAAGUGAUAAUACCGCUUACAUUUUUCCGAAUGAUGCAAACGAACACAGAAGGGACGGUAAAAAGGAUGGCAGAGAGAAGAACGAAAAGGGGGAAGAAAUGGAGGACGGGAAGGAGGAAGAUGAUGAAGGGGAGGAAGAACAAGAGCAUGAUGAUGAUGAAGAUAUAAUUAGGCUGAAAGAAACAGAUGCAAGGAGACUGGGUAUAAGAUCCCCAUGGAGAAUGGUUAGGUCACGAUAUUAUGUUACAUCAGCAUCUCAUAUGAUCUCGUUGUUAAAUAUAUUAAUACAUGCAAAAAAUGCUGAUAAUUCAAUUAGUCAAAAUAUUAUUGACAAUGAUUCAUUAAAAAGCAUAGGGGAUGUUACAGAUUUACAUUAUUUAUCACAUUUAGUUUUUAGAGUAUGGGAAAGAAAACAAUUAAAAAGAAAUGACCAUAACAGAUUUCGUAUAGAAAUAUUAUUCAGUUCUGGUGCAAAGGAUGGCUUUGGUCAGAAUUAUGAACUUUUAGAAAAAGAUGCAAAGGCACAACAACAAAAAUAUGAGAGACACAUAAACAAAUAUUUUGAUGAUAAAGAUAAAAAAGGGCAUAUCGAGAAAAAUGAUCCAUAUGGGAUUAAUGUCAAUCGGAAUGGCGAUCCCCUAAGUGCUAUAAUUACAUCAUCUGGGGAAGAUAAGCCCAAGGUGGAGAAAGAAAGAGGGAAGGGCGAAAAUUUGGGGGAUGAUAAGAAAGGGCAUAUAUCAAGUAACUGCGCAAGUGGCAGCAGUAAUGGGGGCGGUAUUGGAGGUGGUAAUAAUGUAAGCAGUAGUGGCUGCAAUGGAGGUGGCGCAAACCACGGGAGUGAGGAGCGGACGGCGAAGGCAAGCAUAGAAGAGAAGAAGAACUGCCUCAACCGUAGCAAUAAUAACAUAGGAGAUGAUCCGAAUAAUGAAUCGUAUAAUUCCCAUUCUAAUUCAUCAAUAAAUAUGAAAGAGGAUAAAAUAAAGAGAAUGAAUGUAAGUAGUAGUUUUAAGUUUUCAAAAAGUGUAGUAGAUAAACCAGUCAGUUCGAAUAGAAGAGGAUCUAAUUAUUUAAAUUUCGAUAUGAUGAAUAUGGCAGAGAAAAAAAAAAGUAGUGUGUAUACCUUCUCUAAUCAUUCUGUAAAUGAUAAUAAUGUAUUAUGUUCAUUCAAUAUUUUUAAUAAAAGUGAAAAUGAGGAAAAAUUCGAAAGCUCUUAUUAUAGAAGAGAAAUGUCAUACGAGUUUGGGAGCAUACAUAAAAAGAUGAGUUUAAGUAAUAACAAUUUAAAUAGAGAAGGAAGUUAUAUGGUUAGGUCUAUUAGCUCUAAUUUAAGAAAAAAAAACAAACAAAAAGAUAAUUUAAAAAUGGAUUAUGAAAAAAAAGAAAAAGAAGAUAUUACUAAGGAAAAUUUAUUAACAUAUGAAAAUGAAUGCAUAAGUAUUUGCUCGCAAGAAUUAAACCGUAAAUCACAUAGAAGUUUUUCAUGUCAAAGUGAUAGAUCUUUUUAUGUAAAUAAAAAAGAUGGAGAAUUAUUAAGUGAUGAUACAAAAGGAAAAACUAAUAUAAAAAAUAGAAAUAAUUUACAAGAAAAUGAAAAAAUAAAAAAUAAAUUUGAAAAAAAUUAUCUACAGAGUAACAAUAGUGAAGAAAAUAAAAAAGUUAAUGUAUUUUCUCAUGUCUUUCAACAUUUUAAUGAAAAUAAAAAAAAUUCCACGUCUAAUUUAAAGUUCUUUUAUAAAACAUACAUGCCAGAUUAUGAAAAAAUUAUUGAAAAUGACAAAAAAGCAGAGACUUUUGAUGUACCCCCUUAUUGUGAAUUAGCCCCCUUAAUAGUUCUGACAAAGAAUUGCCAACUGUCCACUUUUGAAAAUAUCUUAACUCAAAUUUUAAAUAAAUACUCAAAAAGUAGUAAAAAUAAGGAUAAGGGGAAGCUUGACAGGGACGCCAGGAAUGGUCAUAAAUGA